CGCACGCGUUCUCGGUACACAAGCUCGCGUGCACGGGUUCGUUAUCUCACACUGGCGAAUCGGUACCCUCCGCGUGCGCCUGUUAGCUGCUGUAAAGCGUUUUACCUUCUGGUCAGCAUGGAAAGGAAGUGAAGCUGGCCGCUUUGGGAAAAAUCUAAAGCCACUAGUGAAAGUUGAUUUCAGAACUACUACGAGCUGAAUUCUGAUUAGAGGGAUGGAGUGCCAAUCUGUCCUGCACCAGUGAUCAGGCCAGGAGACUCCAGUGGUGACAUCCUGUGGAGCCAGAGAUCAAAGGCGAGGAGGCUGUUAUACCACUGCUGGAACUGAAGAUUGCUUUAAAUAAGCAAGUCCUUGUAGAAGGUUUUUAAGUCAUGAUGCAAGAAUCUGGGACGGAGGCGACGAGCAACGGACCAGCCAGUCAAAAUGGAGGAGCAAGCGUGGAGGGCGGGUCCAGGGAGGGACGACCCAAGAGCGCCACGCCGUCAGUGGAGGUGACUGCAGCUGAUCUCCUGCAUCUCCAGCAGCACCAGGCUCUCCAAGUGGCUCGGCAGAUACUCCUUCAGCAGCAGCAGCAGCAGCAGCAGCAGCAACAACAGCCCCAGUCACAUCAACUGCUGUCUCAACAAAACACUGGCCGCAAAUCCCCCAAAGCCAAUGACAAGCAGCAAAGCCUACAGGUUCCAGUGUCAGUGGCUAUGAUGACACCUCAAGUGAUAACUCCACAGCAGAUGCAGCAGAUCCUUCAGCAGCAAGUCCUGAGCCCUCAGCAGCUCCAGGUUCUUCUCCAGCAGCAACAGGCCCUCAUGUUACAGCAGCAGCAACUCCAAGAGUUCUAUAAGAAGCAGCAGGAACAGCUCCACCUCCAGCUCCUACAGCAGCAGCAGCAGCAGCAGCAGCAACAGCAGCAGCAUGCAGGCAGCAAGCAGAGUAAAGAGCAGGUGUCAGCACAGCAGUUGGCCUUCCAGCAGCAGCUCCUGCAGGUCCAGCAGGUCCAGCAGCAGCAUCUGCUCAACCUUCAGAGGCAAGGACUGCUCACCAUCCAGCCUGGACAGACCGGCCUGCCACUGCACUCCCUCACUCAGGGCAUGAUUCCAGCAGAGCUGCAGCAACUGUGGAAGGAGGUGACAAAUGCUCACGUGAAGGAGGAGCACAACAACAGCAGCAACAACGGCCACCGGGGCCUCGACCUCUCCUCCCCGGCACCGCCAAAGAACCCACUUCUCAACCAGCAUGCCUCCACUAACGGGCAAUAUAUGAGUCACAAGAGAGAAGGAUCAACGCUAGAAGAGCCUUCGCCCCACACUCACCCUCUCUAUGGUCAUGGUGUUUGCAAGUGGCCUGGAUGUGAGGCAGUGUUUGAUGAUUUCCAGUCAUUCCUCAAGCAUCUUAACAAUGAGCACGCCCUGGAUGACAGGAGCACAGCCCAGUGUCGGGUGCAAAUGCAGGUCGUACAACAGCUGGAGCUGCAGCUAGCAAAAGACAAAGAGCGUCUGCAAGCUAUGAUGACGCACCUUCAUGUCAAGUCCACGGAGCCCAAAGCCACCCCACAGCCGCUCAACCUGGUGUCCAGCGUUACAUUGUCUAAGUCGGCCCCUGAGGCCUCUCCUCCUCUGAGCCUGCCCCAGACCCCCACCACACCCACAGCACCGCUCACACCCCUAUCCCAGACCCACUCCGUCAUCACAGCCAACAGCCUCCACAGCGUGGGCCCCAUGCGACGGCGCUACUCAGAAAAGUACAACAUGCCCAUCUCUCCAGAUAUCAGUCAGAACAAAGAGUUUUACAUGAAUGCAGAUGUUAGACCGCCGUUCACCUACGCCUCACUAAUAAGACAGGCAAUCCUCGAAUCUCCAGAAAAGCAGCUAACACUAAAUGAAAUCUACAACUGGUUCACACGAAUGUUUGCAUAUUUUAGGCGCAACGCAGCGACGUGGAAGAAUGCAGUCCGGCAUAAUCUUAGUCUUCACAAGUGUUUUGUGCGAGUAGAAAACGUAAAAGGGGCUGUGUGGACAGUCGACGAAAUAGAGUUCCAAAAGAGACGGCCUCAAAAGAUCAGUGGAAGUCCAGCCUUAGUGAAGAACAUUCAGACCAGCUUAGGCUAUGGUCCGACCCUCUCUGCUGCCUUCCAGGCUUCAAUGGCAGAAAACAACAUACCUCUAUACACUACUGCUUCCAUUGGAAGUCCCACGCUCAACUCCCUGGCCAACGCCAUCCGUGAGGAGAUGAAUGGAGCGAUGGACCAUGGAAACAGCAACGGCAGUGACAGCAGCCCAGGACGCUCGCCCCUGCCAGCUAUGCAUCACAUCAGCGUUAAGGAGGAACCACUGGACCCCGAAGACCACGAAGGGCCCCUCUCCCUGGUAACGACUGCAAAUCACAGUCCGGAUUUCGAUCACCACAGAGAUUAUGACGACGACCAGGGCCACGACGACAUGCUGUAAGGCUAGCGCCACCCCUCCCCAGCCUCAGAGGCCAAGGCAGUCUGGGUCAUCUGGGAGACAGAAACGCUCCGCAGAUAACAAACACUGAACUGCAGUCUCAGCCACUGAUGACAGCUCUCAAAUGUCUCCAAGUUAACUUUUUAGUGCCAUUACAAUACAUAGCAAAAACACACACAAAAAACACAGAAUACGCCCCACGUGAGGGUUCUUUUUUUCUGAUUACUUUCUACUUUCGAUUUAAGUAAAGCUUAAAAAGUGAAAACUUAAUUUCUACUUAUGUGUCGGAAGGACUUGUUUGGUACGGGGGGGGGGGGGAUUCGCGGUCGGACUCUGAGAGACCCUCACCGUGCAGCCAGGACGUACUGCACGCUGCGGACUGCAAGAGGGGUUGUAUCUCUCAACACACACACCCCCCACUCUCUCUCUCUCUCUCUCUCUCUCUCUCUCUCUCUCUCUCUCUCUCUCUCUCCCCCUCCCUCUCUCAGACACACAUAUAACCACAAACUGAAGAGAGAGAGAGAGAGAAUGACUGACGUUUAAUUUACACGCGCACGCCCGCGUGUGUCUGUGUGUGUGUGUGAGAGGGAGAGCGAGUGCGGACUUCUGUUCAUUGUCACUGCCUUUCAACACUUCUGAUUGGUUUGAUUCCAUCUAGGGUUGGAGGGAUGUUGUUUUUAUUUGGGUGUAUUUUUUUUUUGUUGGGGGGGUUGCGAAGUUAUAAAAUAUCAACAUCAUGUGUCUUUUCCAUCAUUCAGUGCUGUUAUUGAUGUUGCACCUUUUUUUCUUUUUUUUUCUUUUUUUUUUUACUUCUUUGAACUGAUCAGACCUCAUGCCCAUGCUGUGGAGAUUCUGUGUGGUCAGCACUUGAUGAUGAAUGUUUAUGAUUUCCUUUCAUGUUGUUCUUUUAACCACACACACAUGAAGCAGAAUGUCAGAUACCGAGCAGUAUUUUUCUGUCAUUUAUUCCACAAUCUUUAAAAAAGAAAAAAGAAAAAAAAAGUCGCCACUCUGACAUGUAGCCCACCCGUCACCCUUUCCCUCCUAUUCCUCCCCCUCCUCCUCAUCCUUCUCAUGAAGUCCAUUGGCAAUGCACUACUCAUAAUGAAGGCUCUCUCCACGCAUCAAUGAAGCUUAAUUUAAGAUGCGAAUGAAUGACAGAGAAAUCAUGCAGGUUAUGGUUUAUCCUUAUGAAAUUAUACUUUAAAACAGCCCCUCGCGGCAGAGCAUGCUUAGCUGCAACAGAAUUUCUGAUCACUUACAAGCUCCGGGUUUUUUCAAGCAAAAUGAAAAUGUCAGGUGUGCACCGGCGAGAUAAUGAUUUAGACCAACUAAUUGUGAUUCCUGAACACAACUGUCAUUGUUAAUCAAACGUGUCUGCUUUUGCACGCUGUAAUUUCAUUCCGAGCUUGAAGAUAAACGUGCAUUCCCCGUAGUUUUAUUUGUAUCACACGCAUGACUAGUUUUAAGUUUUGGUGAGUAUUAAUAAUUGCACACCUGAUGAAAUGCUCAUUUUCUUUCUUCAAGGGAACAAAAUCCCAAGACUUGCAAUAAGACCUAAACGUUGCACAUUCCAGCAUUUGACAGCCAUCGUAAAGGGCCCAGAAAUACAGUAUAUGCCAUUUAGGGAACGUGGAUACCUCGAUGUUCAGUGUCACCCAAAAAAGCCAAUAGUUGUAGUCCACAACAUUGAACUGAGUGAAAUCCACAUGUGGUUUUGUAAUGCAGCAACAAAAAUUCCAGCCUUGGCAGAGAGAUAAAUUUUAAAGAGACCAUGAAUUUCAAGGCUGCAAUCAACCACUUUUAAUUUUUUAUUUAUUAUUAGUAUUAUUAUUAUUUUAUGUUUUAUUUGGCUUUUUUUAGUUGUCAAUGUGUUUUAAUAUCUUGUUCUGUGACUACCAAAGAUAAACUACAAAGUCAAUGUUGUGUGUUCCAUGCAAUAGCAGAUAAGGCCAAAUAUCUCUCCUCCAUUCUCUCCCAUGGGACGAUCUCAGCAGCUCCGAUCGAGCCGGUGGCAGAAUGAAUCGAGGGAAACGCUCCUCAAACUGGUGUUUUCAUUCAUUUUUAUACAAACAAAAAAACAAAAAAAACCAAAGGGGGUGUCUCGAACAGGACGGCUGCAGUAAUGUUUUGCAGUGACCAAAACCUGAAUGGGAGGCGUUGACAGUCUGACUACAUGAUGACCAAAUUAGGGAAACUUUUUUUUGUCUUUGGGCCAGUGAGUGGAAAAGGGAGCUUUUUUGGUCAGGAAUGGAUUUGUGUGCAACAUAAAGGGUAUGUAGAUAAAAGUGAUGAGGAAAAAUCUACUGGUAAAUGGGAAAAGCUUUGCAGAGAACAAUGUGAAAUGGAUUCUAUACUUCAACUGGACCACACAAUGAUUCAAUGUUUCUCUUCUUUUAUUCCUUAAACAUUUGUAUCCUUUGAAAUGAUUGUAUGCCACUUUCUAGGGGUUUUAGUGUCUUUGUUAAGAUUGGCGAGACUUUAUGAUUGUGUUUAGUUUCUGUCAACUUAUUACUUUUUAUAUUAAAAAACACUCCUGUCAACUAAUAAGCUGGGUACAAGGUACUUUAUGGCAGUUAUUGUUAUUGUUAUUUUUUAAGUUCACCGCUCAUUAACUAAAAAGGAAAAGGGCAAUCUGUGGUUUCCAGAAGAUGUAUUUAAUAUCCAGGCAGCUGUGGGAUGGGUCAGUUACAGCCAGGCUAGGAUCGUGAGAACAGUUCCGAGCUCAUCCACAAUCCCCCAGUCAUCUGGCUGGUUUGUUUGGUAUUGAAAAAGGAGGAAAAAGCGCUGGUAGAUUAGAACGUUCUCAGCAUGUGUAGCUUGACAUUACUAAAGAUAACAGCAUGAGAAAACCGUUAGUACGCAUACCUCAUUUCAGACCUAUAGGGAAUGAUUCAAUUAAAUGAGAAAAAAAAAAACAAACAUUUCACUCAGUUGCACUUAGUUGUACGUCUUGCAUGUGUAGUCUGAUACUGUAGAGAGAAAAGUACAAAAAAAAAAA